GACCUCGCGGCCACCCGUACGCAGUGCCGCGUGACGCCUCUCGAGCCCGCCGCGCGCCAGAUUCGAACGCGGGCGCAAGCGCGGCGGCCGUUAUUUCCGGUGGCUGCCUCGCGCGCUACUGUCCCCUCACGCCGCGGCUGCUGCCCGCCAUGGCUACUCCUCCCAAGCGCGGGCGGCUGGAGGGCAGGAUCAAGAAGAUCGCUGUUGAGGGAAACAUCGCUGCAGGGAAAUCGACGUUUGUGGAGAUUCUCAAGCAAGCUGAUGAGCAGUGGGAAGUUGUUCCUGAGCCUAUAGCAAGAUGGUGCAAUGUUCAGCCGAGCUCUGAAGAGGAUUGUGAGGAGCUGACCACAUCACAGAAGAGUGGCGGAAAUGUGCUUCAGAUGAUGUAUGAAAAACCAGAGAGGUGGUCUUUCACUUUCCAAACAUAUGCGUGCUUGAGCAGGAUCCGGGCUCAGCUCAGGUCCCUUGAUGGCAAGCUCAGGGAGGCGGAGAAUCCCGUUGUGUUCUUCGAGCGAUCUGUCUACAGUGACAGGUACAUCUUUGCAGCCAAUUUAUAUGAAUCUGAUUGCAUGAAUGAAACUGAGUGGACUGUUUACCAAGACUGGCACUACUGGAUGAAUCAGCAUUUCGGUCAGAGGUUGGCAUUAGAUGGCAUCAUUUAUCUCAGAGCCACUCCUGAGAAAUGCUUAAAUAGGAUUUACUUGCGUGGAAGAGAUGAAGAGCAAGAAAUUCCCAUUGAAUAUCUGGAGAAGCUUCACUAUAAACAUGAAAGUUGGCUUCAGCAUAGGACACUGCGAACAGAUUUUGAGUAUCUCCAGGAAAUACCUAUUUUAACGUUAGAUGUUAAUGAAGACUUCAAAGGCAAAAAGGACAGAUAUGAUCACAUGACUGAAAAGGUCAAAGAAUUUUUGAGCAUGUUAUAAUCCUCUUUGAAGCGCAGGCAGAAUCAAACUGUUCCAAACAUCUGCACAACCAAAGUCUGAAGUGCAGCUUCUGCUUUUAUAGAAGGCCUCUGGAGAGGCAGGACUCAAUACUGUUGAUUUAAUUGUGAGGAACAAACAAGCUUUGUGAAUAGGAAAUUAUUCAAUAAAUGAUUAGGUCUGUUCAAUA